AUGGAAGAAAAUAUGGGUUUUAAUUGUUCAGCUGAGAAAUCAGUACUCCAGUAUAUUGAAACAUCAGCAAGGAUCCCCACUGACAUCAUUAUUGAGAUUCUGAGUUGGUUGCCAGUAAAAAACCUAUUGAGGCUCAAGUGUGUGUGCAAGCAAUGGUAUGCUACAAUUCAACAUCACCACUUCAUCAAAAAGCAUGUAAGCAGGGCCAUUGUUGGUAGAUAUCAAUAUAAUACCAUAGCUAAAACUCCACCUCCCGCCAACUCACCUCCCUCUGUCACACUCCAAUUUAUGUGUGGUUGUGAUGGCUUGCUACUCAAGAUGAACAAUGCCUCUGGUAAAUAUUUUAUUGAGAAUCCAACCACCCGCCAAAUACUUGAAUUGCCUGAUCCACAUAAGGGUAGCAUUGACAUCUCCUUGUCUUUCAUUCCAUCUACGGGUGAUUAUAAAUUGGUGUCUAUCUAUGAUAUUGAUGGGAAAAAAGCUGGCAAUGAAGGUUGUGAAGUUCUUACGCUGGCUCUACCGUUCACUGCUUUCGGUUAUAUAAUUGGAUCAAAUAUAUAUCAAGAUUUGGUAUCUCUAGAUGUGGAGAACGAGUGCUUUACGGCUACUGCUUUGUCACAAGACUUGGUCCCGGAUUGGAAAAAGUCUCAUGCUUUAAGUUGGAAUGGAAGACUGUCAUUUGUUAAUAGAGUGGAAGAGGCUCUGCAUGUAUUGGUGUUGGAAGAUGAGAAAAGGCAAAAAUGGGGUGAAAAGUUUGUUAUCUCCUUGGCAUUCAUAAAGGAAAAUCAAGAUAUGAUGGUUGAUCUUGUUCCUCUGUUUGCUCAGAAUGGUGAUUUGUGGUUUAGGUGGAAAGAGGAAAAAUACUUCGCUUAUAAUUUGGAGCGUGGGACCGUCAGACACACAGUGGUUGCUCCUGAAGGACGUAGAAUGGGAAAUAAAUUCUAUUGCCUCCCACCCAGCUUGGUAACUUUGAAAGGAAUGCGACCGCAGCAAAAAGCACAACCAAGUACGAGUAAUUAG